AUGAGUCGGCCAACAAGUAUGUCUGAAAACGCAAAGACUUGCGCUAAGUAUAUGAGAGAUAAAGUGAAGCGGUAUGUCUUACCGAUUGGUUCAACUGGAUUGUUGCAUAUGCGGUUGCGGAUAAUGAAAAGUUUCAGCAUCAGAGGAUACGGAGGAUCUGAAGUGAAUGAUUUUGCCCCAAAAGAUGAUAAGAUCGAUAUGAUUACGUUCUGA